AAAACUUAUUGGGUUUAUCAGUAUUCAGUAAUAAAUCUGAUUAGCAAUGAGGGAAAGCUUGGGUAUCAACGACGAAGGGAAGCUGGUUUUUAGAAAACGCAAAAGCCACGUCACUUUCGAACCUUUCCUUGAUCAUCCCGAUCCCGACUUGCUCUCCUAUGACGAUGAAAUUCAACACAAGUACCUGAAUAAUCCAGAGGAGGUUGAGGCUGACACUGAAUGUCGACCUGAAAAGGACUCGCUUUAUAGGCUGGGGUAUAAAUACCCUAUCAGGCACGCUUACUUGGUCCAUUCUUUUGAGGAGAAAUUUGCGGGUAUACAAUUUGGUUCCUAUAAAGAUCCAGUUUUUCAAGCUACUCACUCUGUUGUAUCUCUUACUUCUUUCAUAGAUAACACGCGGUUGUUUACUUGUUCCGGUUCUGUAAUUGAAAGUAGUAAUGGCCAAUCCACUAUCUUGACUUCUGCUUGUUUGAUUGCAAUUUCAAGUGAUGAUGGUGCUCUUACAGCUGCUGAAAAUGUCAAGAUCCUCGUACAUUUUAAUGACGGUCCAGCCAAGACUGCUUCUUUGCUCGGGUGUUGUUUGCACUACAACAUUGCUUUUGUCAGGGUUGACAAAGAACAUCGAAGAGUUUUGCCAUUGGAAGGGAAAGGAAUAGAGUCGGCCUCAGAGGCUGUGUUUGCCUUGGGUAGAAACUAUGUGUCUCGAAACUACAUGGUUGCAACUGGUAAAAUUACAUUGAAAACCAACAAAUUUUCCUGUUUAGAACUUAUGUUCUCAAGCUGCAAGGUUACAAAGUGUGGUAUUGGUGGUCCCCUUGUAAAUUCCCGUGGAGAUCUUGUUGGAGUCAACUUCCACGACGACAAAGAUGAUACUCCGUACCUUCCAAGUUCUCUCGUCCUGAGAUGUUGGGUGCACCUUAACACUUACGGGUCUGUGCAUCAUCUCCAUUUCGGUUGGAAAAUCAGAUUGUUUAGACAAAUGGAAUUUGAACUGCGGGAGAAGAUUUACUGGCAUUAUAAACUUAUAAAACUUCCACCGCUUAAACAGGAGCAGAAAUCUGAGAGUUCCUUAUCUGAGGAGACCAACAAGCUUCAUAUAAUUAAUGAUGGCCUUUUGGUAGAAGAGGUAGCAAGAAAUUCACCAGCAUACAAAGCUGGAGUUAGAGAUGGUGAUUUUAUUCUUAAACUUUUUGGAGAACCUGUUGUCACAUUACCUGUACCCGAGUAUGCUGCAACUCUUUUGGACAAAUCAAAAUUUAUGCCAGGAAAAGAAAAAGUUAAAGUUCAGGUAGAAUUAGUGAGGCAAAAUGAUCAGCGGAAUAGAUAUCUGACAAUUGACGCUACCAAGCUCAGUAGCAGUAACUUUUACAGGUGGCCAGUGCCACGUGCGGAGUGGAAGUUGUUGAAACCAGGUAAGGCAGCUCACACUAAAUUUAUAGUCACGUUUAUAAUUGUACUUUCUCAAUGUUUUGAUUAUAGUGUCUUCUUUUCCUCUUCGUUUCUUUUGUAUAAAAACAAAUCGUUACCUUAUUGCUUGUGAUGUUCCAAGUAGUUCAUUCUGCUUGUUUUCGGGAUUUUAUUCUGUUCUAAACUUGCUAUCUUAUAGAAUUAGAUUCUGUAUGGACGCUGUUAUGACUACGUCGUGGUAGAAGAUGAUGUCCAACACUUGAAGGCCGAAGGUUGUGGUUCGUUUAACACAGAGGUUCUUUUUGAUGGAUAUAUGUUAUAUGUAAUGUGUUGCCAUUUUGAAUUAAUAUUUUAUACCAUGAUACGGACCAAUUGAGGCACAUGAUGCGACUUACCUCCUCCACGAUGCUCGAGUAACCGGGCUGUAGGGCAAGGGUUUCUCCUUUUGGGAUAUUAUACGAUGAUGAUUAAGCUAAUGUAAGUAAUGAAAUGUUUCUUAUCAAAGCAGACAGCCAGACAGUGUAAUGUAAAUAUGCAAUGUUAAUAUUCUCCAACUUAGUCUUUGCA